AAACAACAAUAACAGCAAAAGUUCCAGCAGCACAAAAAAGCCAAAGACGAAAAUCUAACACAAAAAUUUUAGUAAUGCUAAGAAAAAUUCGUCAAAGUUUGCAAGAAAAGGUCACAAACUAG